AUGUAUCCGAAUUUUUCAUCUCCUCGAGGUUUAGCGCUAAUCAUCAAUAAUCGUUAUUUUGUAUCUAUGCCUGAACGAUUAGGAACUGAUAUCGAUGAAGUUAAUCUUAAUCGCUUAUUCCAUCAGCUUGGCUAUGUUGUUCUGGUCCAUCGAAAUCUCUGUUCUAGAGAAAUUUUGCAUUGCAUCAAAAAUUUUGCAAAUCGUCCUGAACAUGCGGCAGUGGACUCUUGUAUGAUCUCUGUUUUAACUCAUGGCGAAGAUGGUGAAUUAUUUGGCACCGAUGAAAUUGGUGUUUCUGUCCUAGAAUUCGUUUCACUGUUAAAUGCUAGAAAUUGCCCAUCCCUUGCCCACAAACCCAAGAUUUUCUUCUUACAAGCCUGUAGAGGAAGAUGCUAUGAUCGAGGGUUUGAUGCUAGCCAAGAUCAAAUUGACGGUUUUUUUGAAAAUUUUUUUGCAUGCACUACUUCUCAAGCAAAACUGAAGUCACCUAUUGAGGCUGAUAUAUUGAUUUCAUAUGCUACAACUCCUGGUUAUGUAUCUUGGAGGAAUUCAUUAAAAGGCAGUUGGUUUAUUCAAAGCAUAUGUGAAGUUUUCGCGAAAAAUGCACGCAGAUUGGAUAUACUGUCUAUGUUAACAAUGGUUAAUAAACGAGUAGCUGAAGCGUAUGAGAGUUCAUCUGGUUCAUACAAACAAAUUCCCGACCAUUCGUCACGAUUACGUCGCUCAUUCUAUUUUUUUCCAGGCUUAUGUCAUCCACGUAGCCUAUGA